CGGCUGAUAUCACCACAAGGCAGUUCCAGUUGUGCGGCAAAAACUUGCAAUACCAAACUCAUUCUCAAAAUGAAGUCCUUGUUGAUUAUUGGUCUGAGCCUGUGCUGUGUGGGCAUCAUCGCCGCCUACCCGCAGCCCUCGCUUCUGGGUGGCCUCAGCGGAGCCCUGUCCACCGUAUUGAACACCGUACAGACCGCCCUCACGACCGUGACCAAUUUGGUUAACCUGGUUAACACCGCUCUGGCCAACGCCAUCGCUUCCGGAAACUCUGUGCUGCAGCAAGCUCUGACCCAAGCCCAAACCGUUGCGCAAUCCAUCCAGACCACUCUGAACGGCAUCGUCAGCUCAGCUCUCACUUCGGGAGGCACUUCCCAGGUCAGCACUCUGGCGACGCAGCUGUCCAACGCCCUCAACAACCUGAACUCCGUUCUUGGGCAGGUCGUUGCCGCCGGAAGCUCUGUCCCGGCUACCCUGGUUAACCAGCUGAACACCGCUCUGACUGCCGUCUCCAACGUGGCCAGCCAAGUCAAAUCCCAGGUCGGCUCGUCGUCUGUGCUCGGACUUCUGGGAUGAGUUUUGUUUGCAUUGUACUGGAUGUAUUGAAGUUCUUGUAAUGACCCAAUAAAAUGUGUUUUCGCUCUUGA